CGAGUGGUUUUGUGAUUGAUGUGUUUUAAUUAGACUAAUUUUAUCCGAAAUAGUCUAUUCAGCUGUUAGGGUAUGCUGUGUUUUGAUCGUUUUUGCGUUCCAAUUAUUUCGUUUGUAUCAGAGCUGGUCAGGACUGUACUUAGACUAAUUAGUUAUCCAAAAUAGUCUAUUUAGCUGUUGGGGUAUAUGAUAUAAUAUUAAUCCUGAAUGCCAAUAUCGUAAAGUAUGUGGGAAAAUACCCAAAUACAAUGUAUGCAAUGCCAUAAUGGGUUAAGUCUCAAGAUGCCUCAUUUAAAUUAUAGCCAGACUGUCGAGUCAUUGAUCCUACCACUUUACUAUAAAUGGCGAUUCUUUCCUAAUAUACUCAAUCCAACACGUUUCUGUAUCAUAUGUUAGCAACUUAUAGUCUUAUACCGCUGCAGUAUAGACUGGACGAGCAAACAACCAGUGCAACUGAGCAUUGUAAAUAAAGACAAACUUGUUAAACAACCGUGGUAAGUCCAGUUCUCUUUUCUAUAUUUUUAUGUAUGGGAGUUUAACCAACAGUCAUUUUAAUCCACACUUCAACUGACAUGAAAGGCAAAAUGAUAAAUUCAAUAUCGUUGCCAGAGAUUUGCCAGGCGGAAAACGAAUUCGUAUAAUAAAUAUGAGAGCCCAACAUAUAACUUUUAACAAAGCCAUUACUCUCAUAUUUAUUAUACAAAAUGAUAAAUAUUGGCCGAUACAAUAAUAUAUAUCUAUAUAUUUUUGCUCACUAUCUAGUCUAUCUCGGAGUUCAUAUAGGGCUUAAUUCCGGACUGCUAAAUUGACAUAUAUGUAACCAGUACUAGCUUUAAUCCUUUAUGCAGCACUGGCAUAAACAUGUAUGGUAUUCGGCCACUCCUUUAAUUAAAUGUAACGAUUGACGAUUAGAAUUAUUUGGCGUUAAACAGUUCUCAGUUUAUCGAGUUUCUAACCAUUGACUGAUGUCAAUGUAAAGGCAGCACUUUCUCUUCAAGCAUUUUAAGACUUUGAGUAUACUAAGAAUUGAACCUGGGUCUCCCAGAUUUAAAGGCAAGCAUGGUCACCACGACACCAUCCACAAGUGCUGGUAUGCGAGUUAUCUAGUAAAAUUGGCAUACAGUCCAACAUGGCGCAUUAGGCAUGGCAUAUAUAUGAAUUAAUUUGUUCCACUCGGUGGUUCCACUACAUGAGAACUUAAAUUAGCUUUUCUCGCGUGGGCCAAUAUCCACCAUUUUUUUUUUUGGGGGGGGGGGGUACUGUCUUCGCUCGACAAAGAAUCUACAGGCUAUUAAAAGAAUGUGAAAAGCGACUUUUCAAAGUUGUAACUGUACAUUUACCAUUAUACACAUCACUACAGUGGUAAAAUGUCCUAUUUCGCAGUACUUACUCUCUCUUGGAAGAGGCAGCACCCCAAAAGGGCGGAUAAACUGAGCGUGGGAAUUAAGAGCUAAUCGAUUUCAUUGCAGAUUCAAUAUGGGUGAAGUUGGUAAAGGAUUGGCAUAUGUUAAAUCCCUUGGUGGUCUUCUAAAGAUGGUUGAACUGGUAGGAUUGUUUGUAUUCUCUGUUGUCAAGUGUUAACUAACUCCAUUGUGGCCAACAAUUCCGACAAAAUGUUUUUAUAUGUUGGUCAAUUUCUGGAAAUAAGUUAUAAGGCCUGGCUCCAUGUUCCGCCGCCACUGAUAUUGUUCGUAACAGACUGACGUAAUAUUUUUUGUGUGUGUUUUGAUGUUAUGCACUCAGGUGAAUAUGUUUUUUACUCUGAGUGUAUACCCACACUGGGCAGGCUGAAAAAUUACCAUGCCCACGGUGGGAAUCGGACCCACGACCUUUGGGAUACUAUAGAGGGCCCCCUAUACCUCUUCACAAUAUGCUUUCACGUAAAAUAUUUUGCCUUUUCACGAGUCACGAAAAAUUGAAAAAAUUCCUUCACGUUCACGGAAAAAUUGAAGCGAUCACGAUUCACGUAAAUAAAACAAAAUUCACGAAUUAUUAUAUGGAUGUCUUCCUUAAUUGUAGAAUCAUUGUACUCGUCUGUACUUACCUCGACAUGCUUUCAAACCUCCAACUAUGUCGAAAACAGGCUUCUGUACAUCAAGUACUUCAAAAAACAGCAACAAACCGUAUUUAUUCCUUGGAAAGCUGAUCACACAAAAGGUCACAAAACAGAAGAUUCACGAAUCACGAAUAUUUCUAUCUGCCAUUCACGGGUCACGGUUAAAUCGAAUCUUUCCUUCACGUGCACGUAAAAAGAUUGGAAGUCAUAUACCAUCACGAAUCAUGCACGGAUUAAGAAAAUCAUCGAUCACGUUUCACGGCUAAGUAAAAUAAGCCCAUCACGCUUCACGCAAAAAGUAUAGGGGGCCCUCACUAUAGUCCGAUGCUCUGCCAACUGAGCUAGAGGUCAAGUCUGUUCGAGUGUGUGGUAUUUCGGAACUAAGUCUAGUACCUUCGAUACCAAUGUUUUCUAUGAUCAUGCAUAAUAUUUUUUGUGUGUGUUUUGAUGUUAUGUACAUCUGUGUGAACUACACACUCCAACAUAUGAUACGAGUUUUGUUUUCUCUAUAAAGGUUUUCUUAGCGAUCGCUGCUGGUGCGGUGGGCUACUUCUAUAAAGAAGGAUCGGACGGUGACUACGAGAAGAAAGAUAGAAUAAAAUUCUUUCUGGCAGCUGUUGGAAUAGCGGCUGUAGUUGUGAUCGUUUUCUUUAUGAUAUUUCUUACUGGAAUCCACAAGAAAGUCAAGAUUGUGUGGACGAAAACGGUAAUAUAACUAACUUUAUUUCUACUGGAUAGCUCUCCUUUGAUUAUUCCUAGAGCUCCAAUAUGAUAGUAAGAACCAUUCCUUACUGAUCCAGUGGUAAUUACAUCAGGAGAAAAGCUAAACUAACUUUAUUUCUACUGGAUAGCUCCUUCGGUUAUUCAUAUAGAGCUCUAAAAAACAGUCGCUAAUAAUGGGAAACUAAUUUUACUGGCUUUGUUUACCAACAACAAUCAAUAGUUUUUACCCGUGAAGUAAAACUGUGAUAAUAUCGGCAGUUUUUCGUCACGUCCGCGUCGUAGAUUUGGUGUAUCUUAAGCUCCCUAUUGCUUAUUUGAUGGACCACAAGGGAUGGCUCUUACUGGACCUCUGGGGGAAAGCAGUUUAGAACUGAAAGCAAAGAUCUCGUACCCAGAUGCCCGUUCGCAGGUUGAGUGCUGGGUUGCAUACAACCUCGUUCUCAGGGUCUUGUAGCGUUGGAACGAGGUUGUGAUCCUUACUGGGCCUCUAGAACUGAGAAUAGUUUAAAACUUAUUGAGCAACUAACAUAUAAUAAUUUGUUCUAUAUAUUCUAUCUUUGUUAGGCAACUGGCGUAUUUUUCCUGAUGGGAAUUCUCUUGCUGGUCGCAUCAGCAAUGUUAGCAGAAGCUUAUAAAUCUUACAAAGAUGAUAACUUUUGCGAUCUUUUGGAUUUAGGUGGGACAAAAUCUCAGUGUAAACAACUCCUUAUUGGAGUGGUAAGUGCCACAAUACUUAUUGGAGAGGUUCAGAUUUGAUUUCCACUACCGCUACCAUUAAGGGACCAUAAACCAAUCAGAUGCGUUUGAUAUAUCCGAUCACCCAAUCAGAUGUGUAUUGAGCCUGUAAGAGGUACUUGGUAGCCAGGGCCGUAGCGAAGAGGCUAAUGCAAAAUUUUUGCUAUAACUAUUACUUUUCAAUCCGAGCCACUUCAAUAUUUUCACUAACUAGCUACGAAAACAAUUUGCCGAUAAAUCCGUUAUUUUGCCGAUAAGAUGAUGAGGGGGUGAUAGUGGCAGUGCAUGCAGGUAGCGAUAGUGGAAGUCAAAUCAGAAUCUCUCUAUUAUAUAUAGGUGAAUAUUACUAUAAAGCAAUAUCAUGCAUGCAGCAGAGGGUGGUCAACCUGUUUCUUUGUGGUAUAGUCUACAGUGGUAUAUUUGGUGAUAAAUGGAAGACUGCAUGAGAGAGAUGACCACCAUCCUCUUGUACGCAUAAAAAUUACUGAAACAUAUACAAAUGCAUGCAUUAUUUGAAUGUUUUUUUCCACGUAGGUAUGUGGUCUUAUUUCUGCUGUGGUUUUUGUCGUUGACGCUGUAGUGCAUUUCAAAAUGUGAAGCAAGCCGACUGACACAAUAAUAUCGUCGAUCGCAUUUACAUUACAUUAUUAUUCACCAUUGACUGCAUUGUAAUGGACGAUCCUUGUCUAUAGUUUUUUUUAUGUAAUACUAGAUUUAUCCCAUAUACCGACAAUAGCACAUCCUUUUACAAAAUACAUCGUUUUGGCUAAAGAACUUGAGAAAGAUGUCGAAAAUUUAUAAAAAUUACUACUAUUUAAAAUACUCAUUAAAAAUGUAUAAACCUUGUCACCUUGUGGCAAAUCAUGUCAGCC